AUGUUUGCAUUUACAACUGGUGAAACAGUGCCACUAUUCUAUGCUGCUGGUAUACUUGUCGCUUUAAGUAGUAUAUGCAGCUUGAUAUGCAAUCAUCAAGUCAGUUCCAUGUUCCCACAGUUUCGUGGUCUUUGUAUAUCGCUUUUGUCUGGAGCGUACGACUCAAGUUCGGUUGUAGCUUAUGUGUUGUCGUUGACCUAUCUUGUAUUCCCAUUCAAAUGGUCGUUUAUUAUUUUGGCUUGCGGCUCAAUAGUUGUUGGCAGUUUUGUGGCACUCUUUAUCCUUACUCAGAAAUCUGAAGAUAUGGGGAAAUUCUCCUCCAUCAACACAGAAGAAGAAAAGUUAUGUGAGAAAACGUCAAUUGAAAGUUCGGGAGAAAUGGAUAUCUAUGGAGAAAUAUCUUCAAUUUUGGAUAAACGUUACCCAUCUUUAUUAAGUUGUGUUUUUUCUUUAUCAUACUUACUGAUUAAUCUUUGGUUUACUUUGGGUUUGUUUCGUUUCUCAUUUUACCUAUCUCACUUAGCAAAACACAUAAAUGAUGCGUAUUCUGACAAGUCAACUGCAGAUCAUUUGUUAAGUAUUUCCUCAGCAUUCUUCAUGUCGAGUUUCUUACUGUCACCAGUUACUGGUCUUAUGAUUGACUUCUGUCUCAAAAGAGCUCGAACGAGCAUUAAGAACAUGCUCACCAACGAACGUGAUUUAGCGAAUCCCGAUAAAAUGUAUUAUACUCUAACACUUGGUCUAGUCCCGGGACAAGGUCUUUUGGCUCUCUCUGCUGUUGCUCUGAGUGCAAUGAUGUUUAUACCUAGUCCUAUAGCUUCUUAUGCAUCGUUUGUAUUCUUGGUUAUAUUAAGGUCACUCUUAUUCAGUUGCUUCAUUAGCUUUCUUCUGUCUGCAUUCCCAAUACGUUAUUUUGGUACAUUGAAUGGCAUUACUAGUGCGGUAUCAGGUUUAAUAUGUCUCUCGACGAAUGCCUUUCUUCGUACUAGCAGAUCUACAGAUAAUUAUGUAACCAUGGCGAUAUCGAUCGGGAUAUUUAUUGUACCUAUUAUUUUUCUAAUCAAAUCAAGACAAUAAAUCAGUCAGUGUUGUGAUCUUAUGAAAAUCUUGUUUUUAUUUUUAUAUUGAGACCCGACAUUAGAUAUUAAUGCUUCAAUAUUUAAAUUUUGCAACAACUUAUAUGGUGUAAAAUUUCGUUAAUUAAUUAAUUUUUUCAAUAAUAAAAAUUUAUGCUGAGGUCC